AUGGCUCCACCAUUAUAUGUCAAAGGGGGUGUUUGGACAAAUGUAGAGGAUGAAAUAUUGAAAGCUGCCAUACAAAAGUAUGGUAUUUAUCAAUGGGAGAGAAUUUCUUCAUUAUUACCAAAGAAAUCUGCAAAACAAGUGAAAGCAAGAUGGGUUGAAUAUUUAUCACCACUUCUAAAUAAAACCGACUGGACAAAAGAAGAAGAUGAGAAAUUAUUAAAUCUCCACAGGAUAUUUCCCAACCAAUGGAGAAGUAUAUCAAAUAUCCUUAACCGAACUGCGGUCCAGUGUGUGGAGCGUUAUCAAAAACUAAUUGAUGAAGCCGCUGGAGUUAAACCUGGAGACGACGAAGACCAUUUGGGGUUAUCAGGUCCAGGUAUAGAGACGUUACCAGCUGUAGGUGCCUCUAGCAGCGGGUUGGCGGUUGGAGAAAUGAAUUUGAAUCCAGAAAGCAAACCUGCAAGACCAGACGAUGAGGAUCUACCUGAUGAUGAACGUGAAAUGUUAGCUGAAGCAAAGGCAAGGUUAGGGAAUAUUCAAGGUAAAAAAGCCAAACGAAAGGCUCGUGAAAGAAUGUUAGAAGAGAGUAAGCGUAUUGCAUUGCUUCAGAAAAGGAGGGAAUUGAAAUCAGCUGGCAUAAAUGUUAAAUUAACAACACGAAAUAAAAAGAAGCGGAAAGAAUUUGACUAUAAUGCUGAUAUCCCCCAUGAGAUUAUCCCAAAAUCAGGGCCUUAUGAUACCACAGAUGAAUUGAAACAGAAUGAUUAUGAAAAGCGCCAGUUUGGUCAACAAGUAUCUACAAAGGGUAUUAGCAUGAAAGAUAUAGAUGAUAGAAUUGCCAAAGAGGAAUCAAGAAGAAAGAAGGAGAUUGAAAAGAAACAGCUGGAAAAGAAAAGAGAAUUAAGUGCGGCAGGAAGCCUAAUUAGAGAACACGAGGAUGCUAAAAGAAGAAAGUUGAGCUUACCAGAACCGGAACCCGAUGGGUUUAAGACGACCGCGAGUGAUACUUUGGUCCUUGCUAAACAUCUGAACAACCAAGUAUCCCAAAAAGACAUUGCCCGAAAUCAAAAUAAAAAAAGAACUGCGGUAGCUCAAUUGAUAAAAGAAACUUUUGAAAAACUUCCCCCUCCAAAACAUGAAACAGGGGAGGUUCUACCAUUCGUUUCUACCAACAUUCUUGAAUCCAGAAAUGGGACAGAUGUCAACGAUAUAUCUGAAGUUUCGACUAAAGAAAUACCUAAUGAAACUGGAGCAGAUGUCAAUACUACAGUAUCUCGUGUUGUGCAGCGGGAGUUACCAAUACCUCAUCCAAAUAGUCUACGAGAUCCAAGUACCAUAAAGUUUGGUUCAUUGGUAGACAAAUUGAUUGUUGAGGAAUGUCAUCGAUUGAUAGGUUCCGACUACAAACAAUAUCAUGAUGCUACUAUCAGUGUAGCUUCUGCGGCUAAUUAUGACCCUGGUUUGCUUGAUAAGAUCAACCAAGACAUUGAUAAAGAGUUUGCUCAAAUGGAUAUUUCAUCUGUUCGUGAAUUUAAAGACUAUACUCUUCCAAAGAACUUCAAGGUUGCAGAAUCCAUUAUAGAAAAUUUGCACACUCUCCAUGAUGAAAACGAGCAGUUGACAAAUAGAAUACUGUCUUUCACAAAUUAUGAAGAACAACGAGAUCAGAAGUUGACACAAUUGACUCAUUUAUGGCGCGAAUUGGCUGAUGUUAAUUUGUCUUAUCUGAUAGAGAAGAAGUUGUUUGAACUUGAAAGUCUGGCUGCUGACAAGGAAAAACUUCGCUUGCGUGAAGAAAUCGACAAAUUAAAUGAAAAGAUUGAAACUCUCAAACAAGGAUAG